AUGUCAUCUACUCCUCCUUUCUCAAUACCUUCCGUCCAAGGCUUCGUCGCUCUCGCGCGCAAGGUUUAUCACCCCAUUGGUUUCAAGAGGGGUUACAACUUUACCCUGUUUGUCGUCACGGCGGGAGGGAUGAUGGGUUUCGCCCUUUCCCGCAUGAUAUAUUUCAACAUUGAUGGCGUGUUUUGCAACCCGGAUCACAAACAGCGCACCGUUCCAGGGGAGUGUUACUUCUAUCAGUCGGGUACGGGGAGGGCCGGCAUCGUAAUGCACCUCGCUGGCAUGAUUCCUGGUGGGUUUCUCGCCUGUCUGCAGUUUAUACCCGUCAUCCGACAAAAGGCCAUACUGUUCCAUCGCCUCAAUGGGUAUCUCGUCAUCCUCCUUAGCAUUGUUGGUAUCAUCGGUGUCUUGAUGGUUGCCCGUCGUGCCUUUGGGGGGGGCGUGAGCAUGCAGACGGCGAUGGGCACCAGUAGUAUCAUGUUUCUCGGCGCUCUGGGCCUCUCUUUCUACAACAUCAAGAAGCUCCAGAUAGAGCAGCAUCGUGCCUGGAUGAUGAGAGCCUGGGUCUACGCCGGCUUCAUCGUCACCAUGCGCAUCAUCGGCUUCCUGGCCGUCAUGAUUACGGCCGACUCAGACUACUACCAGGUCAAGCAGUGCGCCGUGCUAGAUUUCAUUUUCAGUCACAAUCAGACCAAGGUCAUCGAUCUCUACCCGGGCUGCGGCGGCUACUAUUCGGGCGAGAGCCCUGGUCUCAAUGUCAUCAUCCACAGCAACUAUCACGCCCACCAGCCCGCCGAGAUCGCGGCCGGUUUCACGUCCGUCUUCGAUGCCGGGUCUUGGCUGGCUCUGGUUAUCCACGCCGUCCUUGUCGAAUUAUAUCUCCAUCUGACUCCUGCGGAAUCCGAAUGUCUCCGCCGCAUCUCAUAUCAGCGCCAGCUCGAAGCAGGAAUGAAGAACGCCGGGAAUGCGGGUCUCACCGUCCAGAGAUUGGGAGACGCAGAGCCUUGGCUGCCACCGGCCGAGCUGCUGCAGUCAGAACACGGCAGAACACCAAGCUCCGACGAAAACAUGGGAGAGAAGGGCGUAGGCGCUGUAUGA